UAGAGGGACGACGACGGACUACCGAUGUUCACUGAUGCGUAAAUUCCAGCCUGUCGUGCUCUUUCUGUUCUCGUUUACGUAUCUAGGGACGACGUCAUGCUUGAUUGACCUGUUUGUAAACAUGGCUUCCAACGUGAUGGACCUGCUGUUUGUUGCGCUUGCAGAGGACGUGCUUGAGCCGGAGGAGUACCUUUUGUUGAGUGAUCUAAACACAAAUAACAAUAUUGAUGUACCCUACAAGGAGUACAACAAGUUUUACCUCGAAUCAUACACGGACGAUGAAUGCAAUGCUUAUUUCAGAUUUAUGAAGGACGACAUAUAUCGUCUUAAGAUGGCGUUAAAGAUUGACGAUGAGAUCAAAUGUGCAAACGGCCUCAAGAUCCAGGGUAUUGAAAUGCUGUGUAUACUGCUGAAGCGGUUUGCCUAUCCGUGCAGGUACAUUGAUAUGGUGCCUAUGUUUGCAAGGCCGAUUCCUCAAAUUUGCAUGAUUACCAAUAUGAUUAUGCGGUAAGUGUACGAUCGGUUUCAUUACCUUUUAACUAGUUUGGACCAUCCUUGGCUACAGGCUGAACAUUUGGAAAAUUUUUCCAAUGUUAUCUAUGCCGCCGGUGCUGCCCUUCAGAAUUGCUGGGGUUUUGUAGAUGGAACUUUACGCCCAAUUUGCAAGCCCGGAGAACAUCAGCGGAUCGUUUACAAUGGCCAUAAGCGUGUCCACUCCCUGAAAUUCCAAUCCGUGGUAACACCAAAUGGUCUAAUAGCUAAUCUAUUUGGUCCAAUUGAGGGAAGUCGGCAUGACUCAUUUAUGCUAAGAGAAUCAGGUUUGCUACAAAAGUU